AUGUGGAGCGCCGGCGGCAGCCUGCUCCAGUCGCUGCCCCGGCUUCUGCAGUACGCCGCCGCCCUUCCGGGCCACGCCGAGCCGCCGCCGCCGGCCGGCUGGGCCCUACCGCGGGCGGCCGGCGGGGACGGCCCGGCGGAGCGCCUGCCCCCGCGCGGGGGCGGGGCGAGCGCGGCGGCGGCGGCGGCGGCGGCCGCCCCGGGGACGCUACUCGGCGCCUGUCUGGAGCGCCACGCUCCGCCCGACGCCUCAGAGCUGCCGGGGCCGGGCGGGGCGUUAGCGGGCGGCCCCGGGGGCGGCGGCGUGGUGGUCGACGUGGCCGAGGUGAGAAGCUGGCGCUGCUGCUGCCUCGGCAGCACCUGUUGGUGCCGGAGCCUGGUGCUGGUCUGUGUGCUGGCCGCCGUGUGCUUCGCUUCCCUGGCCCUGGUCCGCCGCUACCUGCAGCACCUCUUGCUCUGGGCCGAGAGCCUCGACUCGCUGCUGGGGGUCCUGCUCUUCGUCGUGGGCUUCAUCGUGGUCUCGUUCCCUUGCGGCUGGGGCUACAUCGUGCUCAACGUGGCGGCCGGCUACCUGUACGGCUUCGUGCUGGGCAUGGGGUUGAUGGUGGUGGGCGUCCUCAUUGGCACCUUCAUCGCCCACGUGGUCUGCAAGCGGCUGCUCACCGCCUGGGUAGCCGCCAGGAUCCAGAGCAGCGAGAAGCUCAGCGCCGUCAUCCGCGUCGUGGAGGGGGGCAGCGGCCUCAAAGUGGUGGCGCUGGCCCGGCUCACCCCCAUACCUUUCGGGCUGCAGAACGCAGUGUUCUCGAUCACUGACCUCUCCUUACCCAACUAUCUGGUGGCGUCUUCAGCUGGCCUGCUUCCUACCCAGCUCCUGAAUUCGUACCUGGGCACCACCCUGAGGACCAUGGAGGAUGUCAUUGCAGAGCAGAGCGCUAGUGGAUAUUUUGUUUUUUGUUUACAGAUCAUUAUAAGUAUAGGCCUCAUGUUUUAUGUAGUUCAUCGAGCUCAAGUGGAAUUGAAUGCAGCUAUUGUAGCUUGCGAAAUGGAACUGAAAACCUCUCUGGUUAAAGGCAAUCAACCAAAUAUCAGUGGCUCUUCAUUCUACAAGAGGACCCUAACAUUUUCUGGAGAUGGAAUCAAUAUUGUAUGAUUCUAAUGAAAUGUGUAAUUGUCAAGAGCCUAGUGUGCUGUCUGAGAUCUAGCAAUUCCCUUACUGCUGGGCAGGGAUGCAAGUUUUAAUUGUAUUAUGGCACACACACACACAGACACUCACACACACAAAUGACUAGUUUUUAAAUUGCACAUUUUUUAAAAACAGGAAUCAUUUUCCAGAUACGUAAGUGUAAAUGUAGAUGCAAUUUUGGCUGCAGCUCUUCAUCAUUUAUUAUGCCCAUAGUGGCCUAUAAGUCUGCACUUUAGGUUUUGGGUUUUUUUUUUUCAUUAUUUUCUUUAUGAGUACUUAUGAACAGAAAAACAAUCCAGAUAUUUUUCUGCUUAGUGUCUUCAUUUAUAAAGACUAUGAGUAAUUGUAUGUGUCUUUCCUGCUUAUAAAAAUGAGUAAAAGUAUGCAAUUUUAAAUGUAUAAUAUUAUUGGAUGUUCUUUGCUUUCAUAGUGUUUCCAGAAAGGGUAAAUGAUGUCUUGUUUUGUUUUUUUAAAUGUUUUAGUUGGAACCACUUUGCUUUCCUUUUCCUUGCUAGUUAGAAAAUAGACAUGAACUUUUGUUUAAAUGUAUUUUUGCAAGGAUCAAAUUGUUACACCUAUACACACAAGUUUAAAUCCUACAUUGUGGGACUGAAGUGCUCUUAAGAUACCUUUUUUAAUUUUUGCUGUGUAAUAUGCAAAGCGAAAGGGAAAUUAUUUAAUGAGUAGUGUCUCAAAUUAGAACUUGUGUUCUAAUUUCACGCCAUUGGUUUUAGCCUCCUUAGGUCUUCCAUCAAAGGGCUGUCCUAUUACAGUCUUACUGAAAAUUUUAUUAAACUUCUUUUCUUUUUGUAUUCAUUAUUAGGCUUUGAAAUAAAGAUGUUAUUCCUUUAAAGUGGUGGGCUUGCAAUCACUGAAGAUGUCACUCUGGUGGCCUUGUUUGAUCAAAAUGCCUAUCUAAAAAAUUGAGCUUUAAAAUCAGGUUUAUAAUUCUGUUGAAGUACAUAUAUAUUUGUCCCCAUAGUCUUCAGCUUUAAAACUGUACGUAAUGUUAUCUUGAUGCCCAGAUUUGUAUUAUUAUAUUUGCCCUACUAUAGAGUAGGCUUAUUUUGUUUGCUUUUUGGUACUUGUUUUCCUCUGAUAAGACUCAGGAAUUCUGAAAUGUGAAAUUAAGUCUCAGUUCUUUUUCCUGUAGAAUGAAUUGAGUAUAUUUAUUAAUAGUACUUAUGUGUAUAGAAUAUAAUAAUUUGGUAUACGAUUCAUAUGAUAUUCAUUUAUCACCUUAUAUUUCUAAAGUAGCUUAAUUGUGAUCUUAAUGAUUAGUUUAUUUUACAGUGGAGAUUAUCGAUAUAAAUGCAGAUUUUCUGGUAAGUAUCUGUUUUUUAGCUAUGAAGGUGCCACCUUAUCAGACACCUCCCAUUUGCCUUUUCAUUAGGGUAAAAUCUUUGCCCUGAUUUUCUAAAAUGCAAAAGAUUUAUUUAGAAGCAAUUAUUUUAAUUUUAUGCUACGGAUGCAUUUAAUCAUUUUAGUAUAUAAAUUUUUGCCCUGUUGCAGGUAUAAUUAUUUCCCUUUCCUUCAUAAUGAGUAAGUUUUCUCACCUUUGAAUAACACUGAAGUUUGUUUUUAUGUCUGUACCAAGUUCUUCUUGGUAUAGUCCAGAUGAUUUUAUAGGGACCUGGGUCUAUAGCAGUCAACUGACCUAGAAAUCUUUCCUUUUAUUGAUAGAAAA